CCUUUCCAUGCUAAUUAAGCAACAUCCAAAACAUAAGAAAAAACACAAUUAUUGAAGCUCUUACAAAGAAAAAAUAUGAAGAAAGCUACGGCAUUGAUGAAACAUAUCGUUGCGUUGUUGAGUUCCAUGGCGAAGGCUAAAUCUAUAGCCAUAAAGAACAAAACAAGUGCUUUCAAGACACGAAUCCUCAUGUUGUCCCUUGCCAAACACAAGAAACUCUGCUUCCGUACGAUUUCCAACAAGAUUCACCACCUCUUGGGCCAUGCAGAUCAAGACAACGACCACGAGCAGGAGCAAGACAAGAACAAGGCUAUAGUUCUCUACAAUAGCAAGGCAUCCACAAUGGCUCAUCAUGAGGAAUAUGACGUUCACGAGGAUGACAGCGACAAGUAUCCAGAUCUGAGGCACACGUUGUUCGAAGGAGAGGAGGAGUUUGGAGACUUGGAGGAGGAAGGUCAAGGUAGUUCUGUGAUAGAAAUGGUGCGGAACUCGAAGGAAGAAGAAGGAGAGAAUUUCAAGCUAGAAGAUGAGAUCGACCAUGUCGCAGAUAUCUUUAUUUCAAGGUUUCAUAAGCAGAUGAAGCUUCAGAAACUCUUGUCCUUCAAGAGGUACCAAGAAAUGAUAGCCCGAGGCACCUAAACCCAUAUCCAUAUUAUAUAUAAACAUGUUGGCGAUAGAUAUGAAUAAUAGAUUCAUAUUAUGAUCUUUGCUAACGUUCUUAUUUUGUGUUGUCUAUGAUAAAUCCUUCGAGCCCCC